CUGGCCUCUCACUCCCACUCUGCCAUGUCCUCAUCAGGAAAAGCUGCCAUUUCCCCCUCCUGCCUCUCCUUCGAGUGCUUCGACACCCUGACCAAGUCAUGCAUCAAGUGCUCCGACCUGUUCAAGGACAACACAACCCCUAGGCCAGCCAGCCAGGUGAAAAAUGCUGCUGCCCUCCUUCCUCCUUCAGCCCUCCCCCUUCUGACACUACCGGCAUCUUGCUCCACAGCAGAGCCUACCCUAGCACCCACCCUGACCAGCACCUUCCAGAUCUUCGGGGUCCCAGUGCUGGUGGGGGUUAUCCUGGUUCUGGCUACCCUCUGUGGCUUCCUGGCCUGCAAGGUGGAAAAGUGGAGGAGAAAGAGGAAGGCAGCAGAUGAAGAGAACAAAGAAGCCAGAGGACCACGGAUGGAGUGA